AUGGCAACACCCGGCCCCGUUGCGUCCCUCGAUGUACAGAGGAAGCUCCAUGAUGAAGCUAUGGUGCAUGUGAAUGCGGGAGUUGCGGCACGGAACAGCGGCAACGCCGACCAGGCGGACCGAUCGUUUGCCUUGGCGGUGGAUUUGCUUGAGCGGGGGUUGGCGCUGAAGUUCACUCAAAGCGACGACGAACCUUCGAUGCGUCUUGCAAAGAAGAUGGCGAAAUAUCUUGAGAUGAUUCGAGGACAGACAGGUACGAAGUCAGGGGAAGGCAGUGGCGCUGUGUCAAGAUCGACGAGGUACAACAUUAUUGACUUCGACAACCCGCCCGAGCGAUACGCUCCGGUGUUGGCCCUUUUGCAUUCGUCACCAAUCCACGGGAAUCUCUUCGAUUCCAUGAGAGCGAUCUUUGGAUUUCAGGACAACAACGUGAAGAACCAACUGGAGCACCUGACGCUGCUAUUGACAAACUACAAGGAGCAGCUGGAGACCCCCGCUCCCGUCCCGGUCUACAUUCCGGUCGAGAAGGCGUCGAAAAAACGGCCAGAGGAUCAACUGCCCACAAAUCCCAACGACGCCGCAGCCCAAGCGGUCAAGAAGCUGCACGCUCGCCUUUUUGACAACUACACGAAGUGGUGCAGGUAUCUCCAUGUCAAGCCCGCGUUCUCGACGACGGAACCUCUAGCUGAUCUUGUCCUCUUCUUUCUUCUGUGGGGCGAAGCUGGUAACUUCCGCCAAACGCCCGAACUGCUUUGUUUCUUGUUCCACUCGCUGAGCGCGACGGCGCAUCAGCCGUCGUCGACGCCAAUGGAACCUGGAACCUUCCUCGCCACCGUCAUCCGUCCCAUCUACGACGAAGUGAAGAUGGACAACGAGAAAAAGACUCCUCUCGGUGAACGUGCGCCGCACAAGGACAUCCGCAACUACGACGACUUCAAUGAAUUCUUCUGGACGAAGAAGUGCCUCCAGUUCGAUGCGUACAACAUCCGAGACGCCCUCGGUGCGCGAGAUACGAACAGAAACCCCAAGACCGCCAAGAAGACGUUCAUCGAGACGCGGUCGUGGAUGCGGGCGCUGUGGUCGUUCCGCCGCAUCUUCGUCUUGAACUUUGUCCUGUUUUGCGCCACGGUCGGAUUUGCAGUCAACAUGGUGCUGCUGUGCCCCGAGAGUCCGAUCAUGUACGGCCCCGACCUUGGCAAGGAACUCGAGCUCUUUGGCAAAUAUUACUACAAUCCAAAAGCUCGAUUCAACUACCUCAACGACGCCAGCUCGACCACGACUGGUCCGUGCAACCUCCCCAAACUGUCGACAUGCCUCGGUGUGUCCAACUUCGUCUUGGGGCAAACGUUCAGCAUCAUUCCACAGGACUUCAAGAUGCUCAUGGCCGACGUUCCGUUUCAGCCGUGCGUUGAGCUCUUGUCGGGACGAUGCGCGUGCUACUUGGAGACGCUGGACAAGUGUUUUUCCCAAGUCGGCACGGGGAAGGCUCUCGUCGCGGACAUCACGACAGGCAACACACGCGACUACAAGAUUGUCACGUACAACCAGUCCAAGUGCAUGCCGGCGUGGAAAAAGGCAGCGUACGCCGUGAUCAACGACGCUGGCCCAGGGCUCCUAAACUGUGGUUUGUGCAACGUUCCAACGGUGGAGCUGCCGACUCGACUGCCAAAGCUGCUGGGGAAGAUGGUCGAUACGACCCGCACAGACAUGGGUCCGAUGGUGUUUGGCGGCGGUGUCGGCCUCGUCGGGUUGUUUUUGGUCGGCGAUAUCUUGAAUCGGGUCGUUUCCGCCAUGUCGACGGGGUUUGUCGGUCGCAAGAUGCCCGUUCCGUGUUGCGGCUUUGUCCGGUACUCGUGUUUUUGGAUGGUUCUCUUGAUCGUCAAGCUCUACUUCGACUACACGUUCAUGGUCAAGAACUUGGUCGAGACGUCGCUGAUGAUUUGGUUGUCCGACUCGACCAAGUACCUGCAAGCGUCCAACUUUAUGCUUCAAGCAACAUUCCACAACAUCGUUUACAUCGCGUUCUUGUGGCUCCCUGCGUUUAUCGUGUUCAUGUACGAUGCACAGAUCUUCUACGCGCUCUUCUCUGUCGUCGUUGGAUCCAUCCGCGGGUUCAACCUCCGUAUCGGCGAGCUCCGUUCGUUCCGUAUUCUGCGCCUCGCAUUCAAGGACAUUCCACGCAUGUUCAACUACAAGUUGGUCGAGAACGCAAUGGAAGCCAAGGCGUUCCAGCAAGCGAUCGAGUCGAAGAAACACAAAACGAGCCGCCACGGGUCAUGCGACGUCGGACCGGUCGAGACGCUGCGCAUUCAAACGACGGCGUACUCAUCCACAGCCCACGACGACGACACCGAAGAUGGUUCGAGCACCAGUCGAAGCAAUAGCACGGCAUCCAGUCGGUAUUUCGGAUCGGUGACAGGCGUCGACGGUGACGAAUACUUGCGUGUGAUUCCGUUCGCCAUGGCGUGGAAUCGGUGCUUGAGCAGUAUGCGCGAGGCGGAUGUCCUGAGCAAUCGAGAACUCGGUGUGUUGAGCUAUCUCAUCGAAGGGAACUGCAAAGACGAAGCCACGAGGCGGCUGUACCCGCCCGCAUUUUUGACGGCUGGUAAGCUGGACGAGUCGCUCGAUAUAAUUGCCGAGUGCGGUCAGGUGUAUAAGCGCCUUCUGACGGACAAGAAGUCGGACGCGGCAUUGAGCAAAGUCGAAAAGUCCAUGCAGUCGCGUGUGAAGAAGGACAGUUUGCGAGUCGAAGCGUGCUUGGGGUCGUUCAAGUUCACCGUGCGCGUUGUCCAGCUCCUGUUAGGUGACGCCCAUGCUGACAUCGACCCGUGCUUUGCUUUCAUGGAAGAAUCCGUCGUCAACAAGACGGCGCUGAAAGCGCUGCACGUGUCCAACUUGUAUGCGGUCCGAUCCGCGAGCGCAGACUUGAUGAAAGCCAUCCUGGAUGUUCCGAAAGGAUCGAGAGACGACAGCUUGCAUUUUCAGCGAGCCCUCUAUCGUGUCAUCGACUCGGCGGAGCAACUCCUUGGGCAACUCAAGAAACUCCUGUCCAAGCAGGACAACUUGGUCGCAAUCCUGAACGCCACUGCACUCAAGCCGAACUCGUUCUUCAUCGCACCCGAGUCUUCCCAGCAGUACGCGACGAUCCAGAUUCAAACCGUGAUCUCGGACCCGGCGUCGAUGGCGAUUGUGAGCCGCGCGUACCAAGUGUUGACAGUCGACAACUUUGAUGCGGAGCCGCGGUCGGAAGAAGGCCAGCGCCGCCUCCGCUUCUUUGCCAACUCGCUGUUCAUGGAGAUGCCGCUCGCCCAAUCCAUCAAACGCAUGCACUCGCUGUCGAUUGCGACGCCGUACUACAGCGAAAUCGUGCUGUACUCGGUCAAGGAGCUGACGCAAGCGAACGACGACAGCAUCAAGUUGCUGUACUACUUGCAAACGAUCUACCACGUGGAAUGGGAGCACUUUCUCGAACGGUUCAAGGUCAAGGACGAGGCGGAGGCGCUGGCCAAGGUGCCGGAAGAGGUGCAGCUGUGGGCUUCGUACCGCGGCCAGACGCUGGCCCGCACGAUCCGCGGCAUGAUGUACAAUGCGGAAGCGAUCCGGUUCUUGUACUGGCUCGAGCUUGGGAACAACGAACCGAUGCCGGAGCACGCGAACAAGGAGCUGGACGAGAUGGUCGCGCUCAAGUUCAACUACGUCGUGACGUGCCAAAUCUACGGCAAGCAAAAGGAGGAAGGGAAGCAGCAGGCGGGGGACAUUGACUACCUUCUCAAGAAGCACCCGGGUCUCCGCGUCGCGUACGUGGACGGUCCGAAGAAGAUGAAGGAGGGGCCGCCCAAGUACUUUUCGUGCUUGGUGCGUUCGUCCAACGACAAGAUCGUCGAGGUGUACCGCGUCGAGCUGCCGGGGGACCCGAUCAUCGGGGAAGGCAAGCCGGAGAACCAGAACCACGCCGUGAUUUUCUCGCGCGGCGAGUUGAUCCAGUGCAUUGACAUGAACCAAGACGGGUACUUGGAAGAGUGCUUGAAGAUGCCGAAUUUGCUUGCGACAGUGGACCGUCCAGAGCACGCCAAGAGUCCGGUCACGAUCAUCGGGUUUCGCGAGUAUGUGUUCACGGGGGGCGUGUCCAACUUGGCGAGCUUCAUGCAGAUCCAGGAGCUGUCGUUCGUGUCGUUGGGCCAGCGCAUGCUGGCGUACAAUUACGUGCGGCAGCACUACGGCCACCCGGACAUUUUUGACAAGUUGUUUGCGAUGGGGACGGGCGGGACGGCCAAGGCGUCGCGCGGGAUCAACUUGUCGGAGGACAUUUUCGCCGGGUUCAACUCGACGUUGCGCGGCGGCCGCGUGACGCACGAAGAGUUUAUCCAGGUCGGGAAGGGCCGCGAUGUCGGGAUGCAGCAGCUGGCGCUGUUCGAAGCCAAGUUGUCGUCGGGGGCAGGCGAGUGUGUCACAUCGCGCGACGUCAUGCGGAUGGCAAACCGCCUCGACCUGUUCCGUCUGCAGUCGUGGUUUUACGGGAACCUCGGGUGGUACUUUACGCAGACCAUGACCGUGUUUGGCGUGUACUUUUUCAUCUACGGCAAAAUCUACUUUGCGCUGAGCGGCAUGGACGCGUUCUACCUCCAGCUCGGCCGCCUCGGCAUCAGCGGCGUCCUCAACACGUCGUGGGCGCUCCAGUUUGGGUUCCUUCUCGUCGUUCCAGUCAUCGGAGUCGUGGGGGUUGAAAGCGGCUUUCGGCAUGGGCUAACGUUUUUGGUGUGGAAUGUUCUGAGCCUGGGCCCGCUCUUCUUCACGUUCCAAAUGGGCACCCGCAUGCACUACUUUGACCGUACGUUGAUCCAUGGCGGGGCCAAGUACCGCGCCACGGGCCGUGGGUUCACCAUCAAGCAUGAAAAGUUCGCCGAGCUGUACCGGUUCUAUGCCUUCAGUCACUUCUACCGCGGCGUAGAGCUCAUGUUCCUGCUGUGCAUGUUUGCCGUGUACGGGACGUUCAACUGGUGCAAUUGCUCGUGGACGAUUGACCGCACGUUCUACAACGACCAAGAGCCGCUCGCGUACGAGUGGAAUGCGCGCUGCUACGCCAAUUUUUACCAGCAGUGCGUGCUCCCAACGAACCAAAACUACGGCAUCAUGAGCUACUCGCUGUGGCUGAUUGCCGCGACGUGGGUAUGGGCGCCGUUCUUCUUCAACCCAAGCGCGUUCGACUGGGACAAAAUCAUAGCAGACUACCGUGACUGGCAGCAUUGGCUGCUUACCAAGAACGACUCGGCCGACAGUUGGUACGGUUGGUGGAUGGCCGAGCUCGAGUUCAUGGAGCACUCGACGUGGUUUUCUCGCUUCGUGAUGUUUGUUCGCAAGACAAGGUUUCUGCUCGUUGCGUUCGGCAUCUACUUACAGCUGAUGAACCGCUUGUUUUACACCGACCUCCACAAGACUGUCCUGGACGAUGGGCCGACGUCGUUGAAACCCAUCAUCCUCGCAGGUGCCAUUUUUGUCGUCCUUGCUCUGCUGGGGUGCUGCGGGUACAUCUCCAGUCGUGUGACCAAGAAGUUGACGCUCAAGCAGCGAGAACUGCGCAAACUCAAAUUCAACCUGUCCGUUGUGCUGUUCGUGGUGAUCCUUGUAGUCCUGCUGUACCUGUCGCUAAAGACCCUCGCCGAGGUGCUAGUCAUUUCGUGCUUGGGCGCGUACUGGUUCCUACAAGUAGCGAUCUGCCGCGUGCGGCACGACCACAUUGUGGCAACGAAGACUGCCCAAUUCUUCGACAACGUCGUUGGUUGGAUCGUGUUCAGCCCGAUCCUGUUUGUGGCGAUGUUUGUUCCGUUCCUCUCGUCCUUCCAGCAACGCAUGAUGUUCAACAGCGCUUUCACGGCCGGCCUUGAAGUGUCGAAGCUCCUCGGGAACGAUGUCGUCGCGAGGGACGACAGGAAGGCCAAGUCCACCAAGAAGAAGAAGCAGUCCGAUCUUCACAAGUUGUAAUGUCAUCGGUGUCUAGUCAAUUCCACCAAUCAUUCGACUCCAAUCGAUUUAUUUCCACCAAUUAUGU